AUGAAAACUGCGUCUGCCAUUUUGUUGUGUCUGUCACAGAAGUAUAGGAAGAGUACGGAGAACAAAACAGAGGCAGAGUUUGCCGAGCAGAGUUCAAAGUUGUUGAUACCAGUUGUGGUAGAACCUGGCUAUAAACCAGAUGACUGGCUCAGUGUUAUGGUGGGAAACAAAGUACUUUUUGACUUGUCCAAGCCUGUGCUACUCGAUUCUGGAAUUAUUCAGCUGAAAGAACAUUUGGGAGAGCAUGGAAAAUUGAAACAACAACUGUCUGUCGAUUAUUCUGGACCAGUGCCAGAAAAUGCAGCUCCACUUUGGUUGUUCAGUGAGCUUCAAGUCUGUGGGAACUAUUUGGAUUACCUGCCUGACUAUGCUGGCGAGGAGCCCAAUGAAUUCAUCAUGCCAUGUUUGUCGCUGCCAACUGCUUCAGUGAUUAACUCUCGUAUGCACCGAAUGAGAAAUGCUGUGGGACAGGCUCUCUUCCAGAAUGGUGGAAUUAACUACUAUGGUUCUCCAACGGUUCUCCUUCCACAAAAGCUGAGUCCGGAGGACAUAGAUUGGCCAUCCCAGUCACUAGUACACAGCCAACUAAACAGUCAUCCACUCUGCUACACUAGAGGUGACAUGAGCGUUGUGAUGACAAUGUCUACGCAGCCGCUCGACCAUAACAGACACAUCUACUGGGUGGCCCACCUCAUUGACAGCGAGGGAUUUCCAUACACCGUCAAUAUGGAGGCAAUAGAAUUCCCACUUCUGUGGGCAUGGCACUUCAUCCUGGCUACCACUCAACAGUAUCAUCUUUCCAGCUAUGAAUCCAUUUUUGCCAACGUUAAAGAUCUGACUCAUACGAAGGUUUCUGCAAGCAUCACCAAUUUCCUGCACAAAAUGUGUAUGUUUCUUUUCAUCGGCCUUGGCUCGGACUUUUCCGAAGAUUAUGUCACAGACUUUCCACUGCUAGAUGCAGCAGUUACGGCUAUGAAGAGUGAAAUGCAAGACAAACUCGAUCAGUGUGGUCUCUCAAAGGCGGCCCACAUGUUUCUGGAAAAUGACAUAUAUCUGUGCAAAACACAUAUCAACGCCUGGAAUGUAAGCAAACACCUGACCACCGCACCGACAGAAUCGUUUGGCCAGUAUGCUCCCUUUGUUCGUUCUGUCCAGAUACAAGGUAACCAAAUCACAUCUCUGCCGAAGGAGCUCUUCACACUCCUGAGCAAUUUGCUGGACCUAGACGCAUCUGGGAAUGCACUUACGGAACUCCCCGAAGAAAUCGGCAAUUGUCGGCUCAUGGGCUUCCUCUCCGUCGAGCAGAACAAACUGACAGCGUUGCCGGAUACUCUGGCCAACUGUAAGGGGCUGGUCCGUCUGAACAUCAGCAGCAACAUUUUCCCUGAAAUGCCGGCGUGCGUGACCAAGCUGAAGAAGCUGGUGCGGCUGUAUGCCCAGAACAUGCAGCUGAUGUCUUUGCCCGAGGACAUAGGGAAUCUUGAGGAGCUGACCCACCUGGAGAUCGGUGGGAAUUGCAUCUCGCGUCUGCCGCCGAGUUUCACCAAGCUGCAGAGUCUGACGAUGCUGGGGAUGAACGGUGUGGCCUGGUGUCCACUCAAGUCGAACAUCCUACUGUCGAAGGAACACUUUGAGGACAUUCUCAAGGCAUACCAUCUGAUGGCGUGGUUGGAAAGGCAUGAUCAGGACAAAGCGGCAAUAUUUAAGUUUUUUGAUGAAGAUGCCAACGGAACACUGGACCCUCGAGAGAUUGGCAAGCUGAAUGCAACAAUCUUUUACACGUUUCCUCGCUUCGGCUACAUGGGAGCUGACCCACCAGAUGAUGACACCCCUCAUGGUUUCCCCGAGGAGAUCCUCAGUCUGAAGAAACUUGAAUAUCUGAGUCUGCAGUACCAGGCCAUCGUGUCUCUACCAGCCGACAUCGAGAAGCUGAAAUACCUCUCAGUGUUGAAUCUGCGUCACAAUCCAAAUCUGCUGUCUGUCCCGGCUCAGGCGGGAAAACUGCCUCUAAAACGACUGGAGCUUGAUGAAUGUCCAUUGCUGAAAACCCCACCAAAAGAAAUUCAAGCCAAAGGCUUUGCCACAACAUUUGCCUAUUUACAGCGACUUCUGAGUGGCUCAGUGGAAUGCCAACGUACUAAGCUAAUGUUGGUUGGGCUUGGUGGUGCAGGAAAAACAAGCCUUGUCAAAGCUCUUCUGAGUGGAAACCACAGAACUCAGCUGUCGCUUGGUGAAGACAUUACUGAUGGUAUCGACAUCUGUCCGUGGUCUGUGUUCACUGAAGAUGGACAGGUUACAUACAGUGUGUGGGAUUUUGCUGGUCAAUCAGUGUACUACAAUACACAUCAGUUUUUCCUGUCUGACAGAGCCGUGUACAUGUUACUGUGGAACAUCCGACUAGGCUUCGAGCACGCUGGCCUCAACUUCUGGCUCAGCUCGAUAUCUGUACAUGCUCCUAACGCUCCAAUAUUUGUUGUUGGCUCUCAUGUGGAUCAGGUUGCCAAGGUUGAGUUACCCACCAAGGAAAUGCAGGAGCGAUACCCACAGAUAGCUGGAUUCCAUUUUGUGUCAUCACAUACAGGACAGGGAGUGAAGGAACUCCAAGACCAUCUGACAGAAGUGACCCUGAGACAGCAGUACAUGGGAGAGAGAAUACCAGGGGUCUGGCUCAGAUUUGAAAAUUCUAUAGCAAGUCUCAAAGAUCGGUCUGUAAUAGAAUACAAAGAAUUAGAAAAGCGAGCCAACAAUUGCGGGAUAUUUGACCAGUUAGAAGUGUUCCAGGCUGUACAGUUUCUACACGAACUGGGUUCUCUCCAGCACUUCACUAACGAGUAUCUCAAGUCGUACGUUGUCGUCAACCCUCAGUGGAUUGUUGAUGUCAUGGCUUGUGUGGUGUCAGUCAAGGACUCACACAUAAAGGAUGGCCGACUUCACCACGAUGACAUUGCUAAAGUGUGGAAGGAUUAUCCCACUAACCUUCACAGCUGGAUGCUACGACUGACCGAAGAAUUUGACCUCACCUUUCCACUGGCCUCUGAGAAAACAAACCUCGUCCCUUGUCUUCUGCCUGAAAAAGAACCAGAGAUCAACUGGCCUGAGCUUGACAAGAACAGUGUGUUACGAGAAGCGAAAAUGGUUUACAAAUUUGACUACCUCCCAGCUGGGCUCUUCAAUAGAGGACAGGUUCGUCUGCAUCAGUUCAGUGACAGCGCAAUGAUCUGGAAGCGAGGAUCCUUCCUCAAGAAGAACAAGCACAUCUGUCUGAUUUACCAAACCAGAGAAUCUGAACUGGUGGUGAAGGCGCAGGGCCCACGUCCAGAGAACAUUGUGUUCUUGGUGCACGAGGUGUUUGAAAACCUCAUCGCUGAAUCGUUUCAAGGAGUGACCUACGAUUAUUACCUCCCCUGUCCGGACUGCAUGAAGCUGAUGCUGAAGGAUCCACAUAUGUUUGCAGCAUCCACAGUAAGGCGAGCCAAGGAACUGAAGGCCCCAUUUCUACAGUGUCUAAAAUAUUUCCACACCAUUUCUUUGGUAACAUUACAAGCCCAGAUGCCGCCAAGCUCCAGCAGAGACUAUGACCUCCAUCUCGUGCAAGCCGUGCAGGGCUUGAAAGAACUACGCAAAGAUCUGCUCACCGAUAUAUUCAUAUCCUACUGCCCGAAAGACAUCCCUUCAGUUCAGAGUUCCAGUAAACUCACUCACCCUUUCAAGAUUUGCAAAGACCUACAGGCAGCCAACUACAAAUGCUGGUUUCAGAAAGACUCUGAUAAAUAUUCAAUGGAUGAGCUGAUACGGGCCCUCAUGGACUCGUCCGUUGUGUUAGUCUUAAUAUCGGACGCCUUUGUGCAGGACGACGACUGCUGCAAUCUCUUUAAGUAUGCGUGCCUCACUCUGAAGAAGCCAAUUCUGUUGGUUGUCAUAGGAACGGGAAUGCAGUGGAAACAGAGCAAGCUUGGAAUUCUUCUAGCUGAUGAGGUGUUUGUGAACAUGCUGCAGCCCGAGAGAUACGACAGCAAGCUGAAGGAGCUGCUGGAGAUGCUGAAGAUCCGAAUCAACAAGACAGAGGUGAAGGUCGAGGACAAACCGCCCUGCUUCAUCAGCUACUGCUGGAAGAAUUCAGCUGCAGCCAUAGCUCUUGGGUCAAAGUCUUCUGAAGGAUCGGUUGGUAUUGGUGACCCACGGAAAAUCAAACUCUUCUUGGAAGAGAAAGAUGUCAAAUGUUGGAUUGAUGUGGAAAGGAUUGGACUGCAUGGCCUGUUUGAUGACAUUGCUGAGGGACUGCUCAAUGCUAAAGUGGUGGUUGCCUGUGUCUCGGAUGAGUAUUCUGCCUCAGAAUCGUGCUGUAGAGAAUUCCGGUAUGCUGCAAGCACACUCAAGUUGCCCAUGAUCCUUGCUGUGGUUGGAACAGGAAAUAAAUGGCGUGCCACAGAGAUUGGUGUGCUGUCUCUGAACUAUCCACUGUUGAGCUUCCAAGAAAAGUUCGACACCCCGUCGGAGAAGCUGUACGACAUGGUCAAGGCCGUACUCUCCUCCGUAGAGGUAAAAGACUCUGAGAAAACAAAGGAAUUGAAGAAUAAAGCUAACGAGGAUCAGAAGAAUCUCUCAUUUCAGGAGCUUUAUGAGCUGGCUCAGCGCAAGUUCCUUCGCCAAGUCAUACACUAUGCAGAUGGUCAAGACACACCGUACCCAUAUCCCAGGCUUUUCCUUGUUGAUCUCGUACAAGAAACUACAGAAGAAGAUGAAUCGAUAAAAAAGUCAAAGACUACAGAAUCCAAGAUGGAGGAACAAGUGGAAACCAAGGCAACCUACAAGUUUUGUGUUCAGAUUCUCUGUGAGCAGGAUGAGGGCUGGCACUGCUGUUCAGAAGCCAUUCCACUACCACUGGAACCUGGAAGUUCUCCCAAAGAGAAGUUUGCCCCGUAUCUAACGAGAAUCAUGGGUAUUGCCAAAUACAGCAAGAAGCUGCUGCUACAAUGCAUGUCAACACAGGCUGGUCAGGAAUAUCUCAAGUGGCUAGAUGAGAGUCCCCAGGUGGCAGCAGCAUCAGAUUUCCAUCAGUCCUAUCAUAAUCUUCGACAAGAAGUGAUUAUGGCAGACUCUGGCAGAGUCAUGGGUAAUUUAGCAAGGUGUCGCCUCCCGAAUGGUAAAACGACGUGGCUGUGUGAGGAACAUCGCAGCAGAAUGCGUGUCACUGUCCUCAGCGAUGAAGUGGUCGAGGCUAAACGCACAGCGACAGACAGCAUGGCCAUCGACUACAUGACGCUGUCGAUGCGUGACUCGGAGGCUAUGGAGCUUUCCAAGAAAUUUGCAUAUUUAAGACCCGAACACAAAGUCUCGUCACCAACAAGCAGUCAGACAAGUGUUAACGACACGAAGAAGGAAGCCCAGUCUCCCACCAUCUCAGACGGAGCUGUAUCGGAAACUGACAAACCAACCAUAGAGUCCACAUCAAAUAGUGCUGUGGAAUCUCCAACAAGAAAACCAGUGAUCCAACCUACACCCGCUCUGCGGCAACUGAGUCGCAGAUCGAGCAGUAAAACAAGGAACAAAAGCAGAGCAUGCAGUAUUCAGUAG